AUGUCGACUCUCUCCGCAGACUACGCCGCCCCCAGUGGGACACACGCCUUCUCCGCCCCGCCCCCCGCUGCCUCCGCCUCCGCCUCCGCCUCCGCCGCCACCGCCUCCGCCUCCGCCGCCACCGCCACCGCCACCGCCGAACGCAUCGCCGUCCUGAGCGCCCUGCAAUCGGACCUCCAAUCCCUCCAAUCCAACAUCAACGCCUUCCUGACCCAAAAGAUGGCAGACGACAAAGCCAGCGACGCCAACGAGGAGGAGAACUACGGCGAGGAGGUCGUCGACGAGGAAUGA